UUGAAACUUUGUUAUCUGCUUUAUUUGAAUAUACUUGUGGUUUUUAAUUAGAUGCCAUACAUCGCUUCUGCCGAGUCGAUGACGAUCUCAUGUGCUUGCAGUAAUAGCGGAUCAUUGUCAGGUGUACCGAAUCACGUACUCGAUGGUCGCCAUAAAAUGUAAAACUAUACGGACAGAUGCUAAUUAGGACUUACGCGGUGUCCUGAAUUCGUAAUCAAUCGAUAUUAGCCACUGGGUACUAUACACACACUAUAUUAUUUCACUAAUUCACUGUUAAAUCGCAAUCCUUCAACGCCAUGCAAGCACGGCCGCCAUUUCUGUUGCCACAGUCACAGUGUCAGUGCCACGGGCCCACUUCACUUGGACCAUUUCAAUAAUAUUAAUAAUGAUGCCUUGAAGUUGAUGGAGAGCCAAUGACUUAGUGUUUGGCUACUAAAUUCCUGGAUCACAUGAUGGCCAGCCAGCAGUUACAGAGUUGCCAACGAAACUACAUUUCGUCAUUGGUAACAGGUUUGGUAGGAUGCAGGUGGCGCCGCUAUCAGCAGUUGAGAGACCGAACAAGAAAGAAAGAUAUACUAUGGUUUGGAAUGUUGGUGGUCACAUAUGUGUAUACUAUGAUAUGGCUGUACUUUUGGCUUGUUAGCAACAAUGACUUCAAUGAUUUUGACUGGUUCAUAUAUAAUAACCUUGGCUUCUGGUUUCGUUGGUAUUGGCUGAUGGUUGGCCUUGCCUCAGUUGCUCUUUGUUACACGUCUUUCAUGUUAGUGCUUUCAUUGCUACGUUUUGUGCUUGGGAAUGGGCUGUUUCUACAUGGACUGCAUAAGUGUGUGCUGCUCAUAAUUUUUGCCAUCUGUCUUGCUGAGACUGUCAUCGUAACAGAGAUUUGGCGUACAGAAUGGGCCGUUGUCCUCAUCUCCCUUGAGGUGUUUGCUCCAUUUCUGUGGUUUGCUUGGACCGCGUUACUGACGUUGUUUUCGUGGCCAAUCAUAUCUGGCUGGUUUAGUAUUUCCGGCGCAGGUCAUAGGAUAGUGCUACUGGUCGCCUACAUCGGACUGAUGAUGUUCGUGUAUUUGUGUCCGUUGAUGAUUCGAUCUCCAUGCAUCACGUCACGAGCAGAGCUGCCAAUGAAACCCCUGCUGUUUGGUCAUAGGGGUGCCCCAGAGAUAGCUCCAGAGAACACCAUGUUCUCGUAUAGACAAGCCAUGAAAUACAAUGUCUUUGGUGUGGAAACAGACGUACACAUCAGUUACGACGGCAUUCCGUUUCUAAUGCACGACAAUACGCUGAAGAGGACGACCAACAUUGCUGAGCUAGGCCCUGAUUCUCAGAACUCCGACGUGUCUUUCUUCAACAUGUCCGAUUUACGUCUACUAGAUGCCGGCUCGUGGUUUCUCCAGGAUGACCCUUUUGGGACGGUGGCCUCUUUAUCUGCAGAAGAUCGUGAUGAAAUCUGGCAGCAGAAGAUUCCAACUCUUGAGGAGUUUGUAGAUUUUGCUAGCUCUGCCAACGUGAGUUUGGUAUUCGAUCUCAGUCGGCCACCUAAAGGACACCCGAAUCAUGACAAUUUCGUAGACGUGGUCCUGGAUCUCAUAUUAUCGUCACCUGCAGACCAUUCCCGUGUGUGGUGGCUUCCCUUACGCCAGCGAGAAAAUGUUCAACAGAGGGCACCAGACUUUAUAUAUGUAUCUGAAAUUGUCAACUCGACAGAGAAUCUGUUGAAGAUGAAAAUCGAUGUGCUUAAUCUACUACACCCGCAAUUCGACCAAGAUGAAGUUCAGUAUUUUAACCACUACAAUAUUAGCCUGAACAUGUACGUGGUGAACAAUGCGUGGCUUUUCUCCUUUUACUGGUGCAUCGGAGUGGAAUCGGUGACGACCAACAGGUGUCAGCACUUGCAGCGCCUAUCAGAGCCACUGCUCCUCAUGAGCAAGGACGUCUUUUCUUUGAUGUGGUUAGUGACAAGUGCUACGUCCUUUCUAACUGUGGUUGGCAUGUUUCUUCUGAUCAAAUACCGAUUAUUGUGCACCUGCAGACAGCAGCCGAUGAGCCACUUACAGGCGGGAAACACUGAGAGGCAGCGUCGAAGUGGUAUGAAAGAUAAAUUACUGGUGUCCGUGGCAGACGGAGAUUACAGUGCAGACCCGAGUUCACUCGGCAAUCACUACAAAGACUGGAACAUUAGUGAAUCAUGUGAUACUGAUGAUCCAUAUCAUUUAGAAGGGGGAGACCUCGGCGAUUCUUUCCUCCAGUCGCUACACCAUAGCGAAGUAAAGGUAGACAUCUGAAUCCAUGUGUUUUACUUGUAUGCGACUAGCAAUAUAAAAAAAACUACAUCGCUACUUUAGUACAUAUACUAUAUGCUAGUAGUGAUAUAAUUUUGAUAAUGUGCACAGAUCGUCCAGCAAGAGGUGCACUGUCUUCCAAUUACCAUCGUUGUUGAUUCAUUGUUUAGGCAUGAUUGGGCGCUACUUGAUGAAAGCAGGUGACACCUGUCUGUUAUACACAUUCACACACACUUAAGUGGUUUUGCAUGAAACAGUGCUGCCAAAUUUGUAAUCGAUUUGUAAUUGUGUGUUUUUAUGUAGUUUCUGCUAGUUUCCACAUAAAACUAGAAUUAACAGUUUACAUGAAAGAUAGUGAUCCACUGUUGUUGUUGUUGUUGUUGGUGUUGGUGUUGUUGUUGUUGUUGGUAUCAGUUUAUCAUGAGUCUAAUAGUAUAAUUUUUAUAAUGAUGGCCUUACUACUAUACUAGUUAAUUGUCUUCAAAGCUUUCGAUGGUUUCAGAUCUGGUUUACAGCUAAUGGAAGCUUUGCGAUGUCAAUUAACUUUACAUAUCAUGUCUUACCACUCUUUUGUAAUUAAGAAUGUUCCUAACCAUGUUCCUAAAUAUUUUGCAAUGAUCUAUGAUUAAUUAUGCCAAAGUUGAUUAAGCUUAACCACCUUAUUUUGACAGACCAAGAUUAUGGAACAGUCAUAAAAAAUCACUGGAAACAUUGAUUUAGCUAGCUAGCAGCAUAUAGGUAUUUUGUGAUCCCAAAUGUUUUAUCGCUGCAUUUCCUUCUCUAAAGCAUAUAUAUAUUCCAUGCAUACAUUUGUAUAGACAUUAGAAGCGUUUUUUGAAAUUAUUUAUUCCUAUGCAUUCUUUCUAUCUACAUGUGUGUAAUUAAAUGUUAUAUGAAGUCUUUUAUGGUAAUGAUGUAAUAUAUAGUAUUUUGUAGUGCAUAUUUAAAGCAUUUUUUCCUGCAUAAAAAUAACCAGGACCCCGACCAACUAGGCCUAAUAGGUAGUACAACAUGGUUAUUACCAUAGAAAUAAUAUAGAUACAUUGUGUAUCUAUAUUAUUUCUAUGGUUAUUACUGUCAACGUUGUGACCACCUUUUUUAGGCAGAAGUCAUUUCUGCAUGCAGUAAAAGCUUAUGCAGUUUGGCGCUCUGUAAUAAAGAUUUGUAGAAUCUCUCUCGGCAUGUAAAAAGUCUAAUUAUGUAAGAAGUUACAUGCUUUAAUGCUUCUAGAUAGCGUUGAGUGGUCAAUGACACCAAGCACGCUACUGCACGUGCCAUUCUAUAGUUGACCUUGUGUAAACAUUUUCUUGUGUAGAGUUCAGAAAUGUUAUGUAUGCAAUGCUACAAACAUUCCAUGAUGCAAUCCUUUAACGUAGGUCAGUGUGAUCAACGAUGAGUCAAACAACGUCUACGCGAAGAAAAUUCGGUACAAAGAUCCGGGGUUUUAAACCGCGGGUUAGUUGCCGUCACUGUUUUAGAUGUGGGUAAUUUACAACCACGUCUAGGCGAUGGUUCUAAAACAGGUUUUCAAAAACCUGACUUUGAUAACCCACUGAGAUUAAUAUUUCCGUUCAUAGGUUGCGUGUAAUAUACAGGCCUUAUGAUAGCCGUGGGGACGCACUAUCUAGUUCCUUGAGACCAUAUCCUCUUGAGACCCAUCUAUCUCCUUCCUUGCUUCCACCCUGGUAGAUACGAGUUUCAUAAUGGAUUCAUUUGCCGCUCGUAGGCGAGUUUUCCUUUUGAAAUCGCUUUUGCGUUUACAUUUGUGAUUGAAAUUUCCAGCUUGUACCCUGGUAACUAAACCAUUUCCGGACUAAUAUUUGUCGUGUAUUAUGCUAACUUCGUCGUGUAACCCUAGCUAUUUAGUGUGCAGAAAGUCUGUGAUUGUCCGAUGCCUCGUAUUCAUUUAGAGGCUUACGGUAAUUAUAUUAUUAUUAUUAUGACACUCAUACCCGGUGAUCGUAUAACUAUGCUGUUUAGUGCUCUCGCAGUAUUUUUGAAAUGCACACUGUAAAUAGUAUGUGUAGGAGCAGGAGACGUUUUUCCUUUAAUGAAAUUUUAGUGAAAAUAUCUAAAUGGGUACCCCAAGUGCAAUGGUGUGUAAAUUAUUGAUUAUUGAGAUUUGCUAUCACCUUCUUUAGUCAAUUAUACAUCAGGUCAUCACUAGGAAGAUAGCGAUGUAUUUGUGACGUUAUGUUAUUAUUUUAUAUAACUGAUACAAAUUGUAGUGCGCUUUAUUAACGCAAGAGUAUACUUCAUUGUUUCUAUAAAGGUGUCCCGCUUUUGUUAUGUAAUUGCACGAAACAAUACUAAUAUAUUACUUAUUUAUUGACUGCGUUUACUGUUAAUUCGCACACGUUUCAUGUUUUGAAUUUUUCAUUAUAAUAUAAUAAAUAUAUGUGUGUUGAAA